GAAGGUUUAAGCAAGAAAGAAUAAGCAAUCGUUACGAACAGAUAAUUACGAAAUGUUGCGCACGUGUUGUUUAGUUCCUGUCUGGCGAGCGUGAAUUGACUUAAUUGAAAAAUUACUUUUGCAGAGCUACUUGUUUCUGAACUGACAAGUCGAUACUAUUUAUAACACCAUUUAAGAGCUAAACACAAAGCUUGAGGAAUCAGACUGAAUGACUAUUAGAUUAGAUUUGUGUAACACAAGGUUAUCUAACCGAUAGAGUAUCUGUUAGAUAAAAUAAGAAAGGGAUGCCUUAAUUUAAGAAAAUAGAGAUAAAGAAAAAGAGCAAGGUGUGUUCUUGCAUGUAGCAGCUGGUAAAGAAAAAUGGAAGAGUGGAAAGAACAUUUCAAUUCCUCCAAAAUCCCUAAAUACAGGGUGGAGCUUCAUAUUCAUCUUGAUGGAUCUGUUCGUCCAGAAACAAUUUGGGAAAUCUCUCAGCGGAAAGGAAUACAUCUUGCCAGCAGUUCUGCUGAUUUCUGUUCCAGCCUUGUCACGAAGCAGCCAUCCAAUCUCGCCAACUAUUUGGCUCCCAUCGCCACAUAUCUCCCGGUCAUUGCGGGUGACGAAGAAGCAAUAGAAAGAAUUGCUUUCGAAUUCUGCGAGGAUGCCGCUCGGGAACACCUUUUGUAUGCGGAGACCCGCUACAGCCCCCACCUGUUGGCUACAGAGGGCUUUCCACCUGAGAGAGUCGUGGAGUGUGUCAAUAGGGGCCUAAAGAAUGGUUGUGAGCGCUUUGGAGUCGACAUCCGCAGCAUACUCUGUAGCAUACGGGGAAAACCAACCUGGUCAAAAGCGGUGGUAGAGCUAUGCCAGAAGUAUCGAGACGAUAGGGUGGUCGCCAUGGACAUCGCCGGAGAUACGGAAGGCUUAUUCGACACAUCAGAAGAAGACGCCGAAGCUUUUCAGUCAGCCUAUCGGUUGGGAAUCCACCGCACUGUCCAUGCCGGAGAGGACGGGCCGGCAGAUCAGGUGCGCUUUGCCCUUGAGCAUCUGUUUGCUGAGAGGAUAGGCCACGGGUACCACGUGAUGGAAGAUGAAGCCCUCUAUCGCCGCUGUCUUGACAUGGACGUUCACUUCGAGGCAUGUCCGCACUCCAGCCUGCUGACAGGAGCAGUGACAGACAGGACAGUCAAGCACCCUAUCGUGAGGUACGCAGAGGACAGAGCUAACUUCUCUAUCAACAGAGAUGACAGUACCCUCAUCCAGAAGACUUUAGAAGAUGAAUACGAAAUGCUCCGAGGUUUCGGACUCAGUGAUCUGCACUUUGCUAGAGCUAAUUUCAAUGCAGCCCGAAGCGCCUUUUUGCCCGACGACGAAAAACGGACGCUCAUCGACAAGUUGAUGAAUAUUUAUGAAGUGCCAAUACUUUAAUAUGUUAUUUGAAGAUAUUCCUAAAUCUUAAAAAAUAAUUUUAAAAAUGCAGAGGAAAUAAAAGUUUUAAACUAAAAAAA